UCGGAUCCAGAUAUCCCGAAUUGACCGGCGUGCACACAUUCAGAAUUCAGAGCACCCUUGAUUAGUUGCGCUCGUUUUAAUCAAGACAGCGGUACGAUUUUUUAAAUACUUCCUCCUUUUUAGGAUGUAAAUUUUAACGAUAGUUGAAUAGUGACGAAAUGGUUUUUUGAAUCGGACUCUUAAGACUCCCGGGAGCCUUGAGUUUAUGCUGAUUGAUGUUUAAAGUGACUACCAGAUAAUACUCCAAUUUUUCUACUUUCGAAUUGAAUUUUUUUAAAACACUAACUGUUCAAAGUUGUCCCUUAUAAAAUUCUUUAAAAAAAUAUAAAAAGUGGAUGGUUUUAAUGGAAUUCUUUUGAUAGUUAUCCAAUGAUCAUGGUCACUUCUGAGUUUUCUGAGUGCCAGGAGUAGUGUACCUGCUAGUGUAAUUUAGUUCUGGAUAAUCAGGUUCAUCUACGAUAUUUUCGAAAUGUCUCCGACAGCGACGCUUUUCAACCAACCCUCUCAAUUCACACCGUCUUACUCCAACGUGAACAGACACUCAAGGCAGCCUGAAUAUGCGAGUUCUGGUUCAACCAAUUCGCUAUUUACGCCAACCUACACGACCCCAAACAAUUGGUACCAGUACCAAACUACUGAACCUUAUCAGGCAAAAAUGUUAAGUCCCACAUGGAAUUCCACGUAUUCACCAGGCCAAGGCCAAUUCUCCUACAAUCCCUAUAACUUGGCAACUCUCAGUAAUCUAACCAGCCUGAACAAUUUAAAUAAUCCCUUUUCGAACGACCAUUUAGCUGACAUAACCGAACAACUGGCCGAAUUAGCCUUAGAUCGAAGACCUUUGAAACGACCUCCAACUUCAUACUUGUGCCAUUUAUGCUUCCAGAAAGGCCACUAUAUAAAGGACUGUCCACAGGUGAGUGAAGCUCGUCCUAGAGGUGAAGGCAAAACCCCAUACCAAGGCAGAAAAAGAUGUUUUGGAGAAUACAAAUGCUCAAAAUGUAAACGGAAAUGGAUGUCUGGAAAUUCUUGGUCUAAUAUGGGCCAAGAGUGCAUCAAAUGCCAUAUCAACGUAUAUCCCCAUAAACAGAGGCCCUUGGAAAAACCAGAUGGACUAGAUGUGUCCGAUCAAUCGAAAGUGCAUCCUCAACACUUGUGCCAAAAGUGCAAGGAAUUGGGAUAUUAUUGCAGAAGAGUGCAAUAAAGGGAAGAAAUGCUUCCUUUUCCUUUACACUAUCUUAAAGUUAAUUUAAUGUUACUACUUUCAAACCGAUAUAGAUGUUUAGGUGUUUUACUUGUUCAGUUGAAUGUAUUUUUUAUUUUUCUUAUUUUUAUAUUUUUGUUAACGAUUUUAUCAAUCAGUAUUUUGUUUUGAUCAUAUAUAGUUUAUUACUGCCUAAUAAGUACUUAGGUAUUUGAUGCAAGAUCUGAUUUGAUUUGCUGUUUUCGGUGUAUAUAAUUUAAAGGCCGCCGAAAAUUUUUUGUACUUACUGAUGUCCAUGAUAUGGGCUUCUCGGUCGUUAUAAAGAAUUUUUUUAUGUCCGUCCUAUAUUUCUCUCCGGACGUUUCACAGGGACGAGUAACUUCUCUCGAUAACUCCUUAAAAAAACGACAUCUAUUUCGAAUCACCCUGUAUUCUGUAGCUUUCUUUAUCGAAACUAGCAGGUAAUAAAACGCUACGAUAAAAAACUGUUUUACUUUAAAUUAAGAAAAAUUUUCUUAGCCACUGACUGAUGGGCAAAAGCGGAUGAUUAAACUUGCUAAUGUAAAUUCGCAGUUACUGCGUGAUUGUAAGGCGUGUUGAAACUACUUCAAAUAAUAAAACAUGUUAUUUAAAAA